AUGGAGCCAGAGCAGAUGCUGGAGGGACAGACGCAGGUUGCAGAAAAUCCCCACUCUGAAUAUGGUCUCACAGACAACGUCGAGAGGAUAGUAGAAAAUGAGAAAAUUAAUGCAGAAAAGUCAUCAAAACAGAAAGUGGAUCUCCAGUCUUUGCCAACUCGUGCCUAUCUGGAUCAGACAGUUGUGCCUAUCUUAUUACAAGGACUUGCUGUACUUGCAAAGGAAAGACCACCAAAUCCCAUUGAAUUUCUAGCAUCAUAUCUUUUAAAAAACAAGGCACAGUUUGAAGAUCGAAACUGA